CAACGGUGUUCUUCCUACUGUACCUUCAGGAAUUGAAAGUUGUUCCACUUGACUCGGAGUAACUACUACAGUAGAAAUCGAGAUCUUAUAACUCUUGGAUGCGUCCAUUAACCAGGCCCCAAUUCAAGCACUAGUACUGGCACAAGUUGCAGUCACUAUAUAGCCAAGGCUGACUUUCAGAGAGUGACUGAAGUUGAAUACGAUGUCGUCAAUUUUGUUCGACAAGUCUGGAAGUUUGGUCCUGAAGACAUUCCUCGUCGUGAGAAAGGAUACCAGUUCGACAGAGCGAACUGCUCUCUUUACGCUGCCAAACGAUACACCAAAGAUGACACGUAUCGGAAGCAGCGUAUCACGGGAAACAAGGAGUGCUGUCGCGCGUUCGAGAACGUUAUCACAGGCCUUUGCAAAGAUUUGGAUGAAGCUCAGCGAUCUGAGACGUGCGGGUUUCCUGGCGUGUUUAGGUUCUUGCACGACCGGGCUCCGGCUAGUGACGUCGUAGACUUCGAACCAGACUUUGGGUACGUGCCUGAGACAGAGCUGACAGAUCACAUGUGGGCCAGCUGGGGGGCCUAUGGAGAGCUAAAGAAGCGAAGAAUCACUCCUGACAAAGCUCCAGUGGUCACGAACGACAUGCUUGACAUGCUCGGCAACCGAUCUCAAACUUCCCAAUUACCAGGUGGCAACAAGAGUCGGAGGACACAAUCUGUUCCAUCGAAUUCUCAGGAGGAGACUCCUCCUUCUAUUACUGAAACUCCUACUUCGAGUUGGAAGCGCAAAGCCGGCAGCCAGCACGAAUCUUCACCGCCCAAACGUCGCAAGAUAGUACACACGCUACCAACUUCUGACCUUCCGCAUAGCGUGAGUUUCACAGAAGACGAUUUCCAGGCCGCGAAGUAUGUCGACAAGCUCAUAUCGCAGGGGAUUCGCAGCUAUGCAAGCGGAUUCCUUGUCGAGGAGACGAAGAUGUCCCUUUGGUACACUGAUCGUAUGGGUCUGGUCAAGUCAAAGCGGUUUGACAUAUUUGACGAACCAGAGUAUUUUCUUCUUGUGAUCGCUGCUCUUCAUUUUGCCCGCCCCCCGAAGCUUGGCUUUAAUCCCCUCAUUGAAUACACACAGAAGUCUAUUCAAAGUUACGAGAAGGGAGUCCUUAAGCUAUCUCGUUCAUACGAUAUUACAGGACGGGAAUUGAAAGAUCUCUCGUUCCUGUUGAACGUCUUGGCAGAGAAGCCCCUUACGGUUGCACGCGGUGCUGUAGGACGUGGAACGACGGUGCUUCCGAUACAGGCUAUCGAGGCUGCGAAGAAUCUCUUCGAGGACGAGGGCUUAGUUGCCAAAUUUUCCUGGCAGCCAACAGACCGAGUGAACACUGAGGAUGGCAUCAUUCGAGUUAUUCGACAGAAGAUCGGAAAGAGCAGGACGAGGAAGCAUCUCUUGAAGCAUAUUGUCGACCUCAAGUGCUCCUUGGAUUUGACGGCCACGGAGCUCGGUCUGCCGAGGGCGUCAAUGUAUCUGUCGGAAGCCUGCGAGCCUCGCAUCUUCCGCGUUCUCAUCGUGAAGGAGUACCUGCCUUUGGAAUGUGUACGCCGCGUGGCCGAGUAUGAACGAAUCUUUAUCGACGUGGUGCAAGUGCAUCGGUAUGUUUUCGAUACGGUCAAAAUCCUCCAUGGUGAUAUCAGCGUAAGCAAUGUCAUGUUCUACCGGGAACCUGGGGGGAACGUGAUUGGGGUGUUAUCGGACUGGGAUCUUUCGACGUAUAAGAAUGGCCCCUUGGUCUUUGACGAAGUGGAGGGCGAUUUUCCCUUGACCAUUCCCCAAGAUAACGAGAGAAAAGCUGCCGAAGACGAGUCCGUUGAAGAGCAGCUCCAGACGAAGAAACCAAGGAGCAAGGCAGGGACAGGCCCAUUCAUGGCCUUGGAUCUGUUGGGCUCCACACCAAUCCUGCAUCGUUACCGACAUGACCUAGAGUCUUUCUUCUAUCUGCUUUGCUACUUCUGCGCGACUUUUGUUCCUUCGAAGCCCCACCAAACCGAGGGAUCCUUCAAAUUCCUCCCUGGAUGGGAAGAUUCCAACCUGAAAAGUGUUUGCAUUGCGAAGAAGGCAUUUCUGAACACCCAAGGCCGUGGGUUUCAAACUCUCUUCGCAGAAACGCACAAGUCGUAUCGACCAUUGCUUGGGAAAUGGGUUGAGCCUCUUUGGUUGCAGUUCAAUAAUAUUCGUGGCAUUGCCGAGGAGCUUGAGAAUACGUACGGACAUGCCAGGCUUGCCUGGGAGUUCAAGCAUGUCGAUGGCGAGGCAAAAUAUCUGGAGUCUCUGCAAUCUCUAAAGAAGGUCGCCAACAAAGCUGACAGGAUUAUCACCUACAAGAAAUUCGUCGAAGUGAUACUGAAGUAUAGUCGUAUAUUGAUGGAUGAUACUGUGUCUUACCUCUAAAGCGAAUUGUAUUCAUUCUCACCG